ACCACCGAGACGAAGUCGAGAAGCUGAUACGUGGUAGUAUCCCAUUCGUUGUGCUGUGUUUUGUUCUCCUAUUCGUUCUGCUGUGUUUUGUCCUGCUUGGUUUACUUCUCAGAUAAGUUUGCGCUCAGCUCCGACGACUUUUCCCCGUCUCGUCAUCCCCUUCUUUAAAGUCUCCCUUGCACGCAAAAAGGCAUCAAAGAUUCUCUCACUCUUCUUUUCCCCCUGCUUGUUCUUCUGAGAUCUCGCCGCUGCCGAUCGAAAGAAAUUGGUUGAAUUUCGAAAUAUUUGAACCUGUCUACUGUUUUUUUAUUUUUAAUUUUGGUUAAAAGAAUCGUUUUAUUGGCCCUUUUUCGGUGAGAAAUCUUCGAGGAAGUGAAGAAUUCUUCAAGGAAGCAAGGUUCUUGGCUUCUUAGUUUGAUGCGUAAACAAAAAUUGUCAUAAUUCCUGGAAAAAAAGGAGAGGCCUUUUCUGUUUCAGAGAUUUUGCGGAGAAAUCUCAAAGAAAGAAGGCUUCUUGUCUGUGUCAAGUCUCCCGAGAUCUUCCUGCUCCGGAUCCCAAGAAAUUAAGUGAACGGCCAACAUUUCGACCCAAUCUUGUGGUUUUCGUUCAAGUUUGUUGAAAAAAAAAUCCGGUUUUCUCAGCUUUUCUUGUAAGAAAUCUCCAAGAAAGUAAGUUUCUUGGCUGUCCCGGGAAAGCGGGGAUUUUCUUGGCCGGGUUUCUUCUCUUCUCCGAUACCAAGAUGGUGACCGUUGAGAUCGAGGAAGCGAUGAAUGGCAAGGAGUCGGUGAUCCCGAAGGAGGCGCGCGGUAUCUUGCACGGCCUGGCCUCGAACUGGAGCGACGUGGUGGACUCCAAGGUCUUGGAGGUGGUGCCGCUCAAGGGGGCCAUGACGAACGAGGUGCUCCAGAUCAAUUGGCCCACGACGGAGGAGAGCAAAGCGGCGAAGCCAAGGAAGGUCCUGGUCCGGAUCUACGGGGAAGGGGUCGAGGCCUUCUUCGAUCGGGAGGACGAGGUCCGGACGUUCGAGUGCAUGUCCAGGCACGGCCAGGGGCCCCGCCUGCUCGGUCGCUUCUCCAAUGGCCGAGUCGAGGAGUUCAUCCAUGCCAGGACACUCUCAGCCGCCGAUCUCCGUGACCCAGAAAUAUCUGCACUGAUAGCAUCAAAACUGAGGGAGUUUCAUGAUCUCGAUAUGCCUGGUCCAAAAAAUACGCUGCUCUGGGACAGGCUAAGAAAUUGGCUUAAAGCAGCCAAGAGUCUGUGCCUUGCUCGAGAAGCUGAAGAAUUUCGCUUGGAUACUUUAGAAGAGGAGAUCACUGCUUUGGAGAAAGGAAUUACACAGGAAGGACAGAAGAUAGGGUUUUGUCAUAAUGAUCUUCAGUAUGGAAACAUUAUGAUUGAUGAAGAGACCAGGCUAGUAACUAUAAUAGAUUAUGAGUAUGCGAGCUUCAAUCCCAUUGCAUAUGAUCUUGCCAAUCACUUCUGUGAGAUGGCUGCUGACUACCAUACAGAAACACCUCAUUUAUUGGACUACAAUAAAUAUCCAGAUAUUGAGGAGCGCAAAAGGUUCAUCAAGAUAUACCUGAGUUCUUCAGGUGAAAAUGCUAAUGAUGCGGAGGUUGAUGAUCUACUCCGAAGUGUGGAAAAGUAUGCUUUGGCAAGUCAUCUGGUUUGGGGCCUGUGGGGAAUAAUUUCUGAGCAUGUGAAUGAAAUUGACUUUGAUUAUAUGGAGUAUGCAAGGCAGAGGUUUCGGCAAUACUGGUUGAGAAAGCCCAUGACUUUGGAUUCUGGCAUUAAUCAGUAAAGUUUGGGUGAUGAAGAAGGAAUGCUUUAGGAGUCUGUAUAGUAAUAUCGAGCUUUACAGCUUUUUGUAUUAUAGCAACUCCAAUAUUUGAAUGUAUACGUAAUAAUAUAGCUGUAUUACAGUGUUGUAAAAGUAACUGCUGUUCAUAUUAAUAAAUAAUAUCCUGCUUUUUAGUUUGAUGUUA